GUCUCUGAACACUGUUUUCGCGGGUUCAACUUAGUUUGAAUUGUAAAACAGCUGAUUCCAGUCCUUUUUCAUUCAGUUGGCGCGAAACUUCCCUCAAUCAAACGAAAUCAUCAUGUCUGGCCGAGGAAAAGGAGGAAAGGUGAAGGGGAAGGCAAAGUCUAGAUCUAGUCGUGCCGGACUUCAGUUCCCAGUUGGAAGAAUUCACAGGUUAUUGAGGAAAGGAAACUAUGCUGAGAGAGUAGGGGCUGGAGCACCAGUUUAUAUGGCUGCUGUCAUGGAGUACCUAGCCGCAGAGGUUCUUGAGCUGGCCGGGAACGCGGCCCGUGACAACAAGAAGACUAGGAUUAUCCCUCGACACCUCCAGCUCGCCAUCAGGAACGACGAGGAGUUAAACAAACUUCUCUCCGGCGUUACUAUCGCCCAGGGCGGAGUUUUGCCGAAUAUCCAGUCCGUCCUUCUACCCAAGAAGAGCCAGGGUGCCGGGGGCAAGAGCACAACCCAGAGCCAAGAGUUCUAAUUCUGACCCGUCCAGUGGUGAUCUCAAUUUGAAAGUACUUCAAAUAUAAGCUUUAUACAAAUAUUAUCAAUACAUUCUCUAAUAGACAA